AUGACAUUCCUCAUGGGACGACUAUUAACUUACGCCAUCACGGCCACUGCUGGCAGUGGCUUCUUACUUUUUGGUUAUGAUCAAGGGGUCAUGUCCAGUUUGCUGAGUGGAGAUGCAUUCGUUGCGAGGUUUCCGGAGAUAGACACCACAAAGGCAGGUCAUGGAAGCUCGUCUCUCCAAGGAACAGUUGUCGCUAUCUAUGAGAUAGGCUGCUUCUUGGGCGCAAUCAUAUCUUUGAUUGCAGGAGAACGUCUUGGUCGCCGCAGGUGCAUCAUGUCCGGAUGUGUCAUCUUGAGUAUCGGGGCUGCGCUCCAAUGCAGUGCCUAUAGCAUUCCUCAUAUGCUUGUUGGGCGUAUCAUUGCUGGUAUUGGGAAUGGUCUCAACACCAGCACUAUUCCUGUCUGGCAUUCGGAAUUGAGCAAAGCUGCCAGCCGAGGCAAAGGGUUGGCUAUCGAACUAGCCAUCAACAUCUUUGGUGUCAUGCUUUCGUAUUGGGUUGACUAUGGUUUCUCUUUCGUCAAAAGCGAAGCGCAAUUCCGAUUCCCCAUUGCCUUGCAGAUCCUUUUCGCCGUUCUCACAUUCUUCGGCGUGCUGUUCCUUCCCGAGUCUCCUCGAUGGCUCAUCAAACACGGCAACGAAAGCAAAGCUCGCCACAUCAUCUGGGCACUCCAACACAAUGCCCGGGAAAUCGACGAGUACGACCCAGUGGUCAAUCUGGAUGUGACAGAAAUUUCCCGAGCAAUUGCAGAAGAACAGGAGGCUUCCUCUGAGAGCUCUUUUAAGCUUAUCUUCCAAAAUGGCAAGCAACGAUUUUUGUAUCGGACUCUUUUGGGUAUGGGUGGACAGAUGAUGCAGCAAAUUUCGGGUAUAAACCUAAUCACCUACUAUGCGACUGUGAUCUUCGAGAAAUCCGUUGGAAUGUCCCACAAUACAGCGCUUUUACUGGCUGGAUUCAACGGGAUUGCAUACUUCUUUUCUUCCAUGGUGCCUAUCUGGACGAUUGAUCGUCUCGGUCGUCGAAAGCUCAUGCUGUUUGCUGUUGCUGGACAAGGAGCGUGCAUGGCCAUCCUAGCAGGCACAGUUUGGGAUGGAGGACACGCCGCUGGCUUAGUUGCGACGGUGAUGCUAUUCAUUUUCAAUUUCUUCUUCGGAACUGGCCUUCUGGCAAUCCCCUGGCUCUUGCCCGCAGAAUAUGCACCUCUCGCCAUCCGAACUCGUGCGGCAUCCUUGGCCACUGCUACCAACUGGAUCUGUACUUUCCUCGUUGUCGAGAUCACUCCAGUCAGCAUCGACAAUAUCGGCUACCGCACUUACAUCUACUUUGCC